CAUUGCGGGAUUCCUGUGAUUAUUAUUAUAACAGUGUUCUUAAUUUAACUCAUUCAAAUACAAAGUAAUUCAUUACUGACAGGAACAUCUUUGGAACAAAUUAUAUCUUAUGAUCUCAACUCUUAUCAAAACGAUCAUCACUUUCAUGUUUUUUUUUUCUUUUCCUGCCAAUCAUUCAACUUUUCUUUACAAAAAAAAAGCCGCAAAUUAAUCUGUAUGCACAUGAUGCAUCCACUAAUUAGUAAAACCUCUAUGUCAAUUAAAAAAAAUAAAAUUGCAUAAUUUAUUUUUCUGACAUCAAAAUGAAAGAAAAAAAAAACAUCAGCAAAUCAAACUGAAACAAGAAAAAUCAACAACUACAAACAUUUUGUCUCUUUAAAAUAUAUUUUACAAAUAAAAACAAACAGAACCAGAAAAAAAAGAGAAGGGCCCUUCACAUAAAAUUGAAAAAAAAAAAAAAAAACAUUCAAACCACUCAACAACGCCAAAAUAAGAAAAACAAGAAAGAAAGAAAAAAAAGGUUACUCAUACACCACAGUGUACACAUUGAUUUUAAUCCAAACAAACUCUUUUUUAGCCCAAAGAAUAACAUAUUACCGCUUAAUGUGGACUAAAAUACAACAACACUGAGUGUUGUUGUUGUUAUUUCUUAUAUCCAGUAUAGAAGUGCGACUAAAUUGAAACGGAAGCGCAGUCGCAAAAUACAGUGUUUUUCCCCCUUUUUGUUUGUAUACUCAACUCACACCAGGUUAAUUGUAGGGUUGCGCGCCAUCAAAGCAGUCGCGUUUGAAAUUCUGUUUCUAUACAAAAUUUAUUCUGACUUUGACUUUCAAUUUAAUCCAUUUGUGGAAGAAAAAAAAACGUGCCAAAUUAAGCAAACAAAAAAAUAAUUAUUAUAAUUUUAUUAAUUCCUCUCUCACUUAAAUAGACAAAAAUAAAUAAAUAAAAAAAUUCUAUACAUACGUGCAUCUACUAAAUUAGAAAAAAAAAAUUUGAAUACAAAAUUUUGAGUGUUUUUUGUUCCCGUUUUCUUGAUUUUUUUUGCAUUUUUUCUCACUCUCUCUCUCUCUGUAAAUUACUCUCUCGUUGUGUGUUUUUUGUGCUCAAAAUCAUUAUUUUAACAAACCCUACCCUAGUGUAUCUUUACUAUAUUCCACUCAAAAUACCUCCUCAUACAGUCACUAUACAACUCACUCAGGUGACAAGCAGCUGACACUGAUCGUGUGCGGUACACACAAAAAAGAUACGUUUUUAUCUUUUACACGCAAAAUAACAGAUGACAAAAAAAAGAUAGAUGUUUAGAUACAAAAUUCGCCGGUUGAUGAUGUGCAUUUAAUUUAUUGUGGUUUUUUUGUUCUCAUUUUUCUCUUCGUUUGGCGGUCAAAAAUAUUAGAAUGUAUCUCAUUUGCUUUUAGAUGAAUUUCAAAAAAAAUACACAAAAAAAGUAUCUUUUAGAUAUAAAAGUGUGCCCCGCUGUUCUUUCGUUUUUUUCGGUGAUUGUGUGUUUGUGUAGAGAUUUAUUUAUAAAUUUUUCUUAAAUGAAAGAAGAAUAGCUUAUAUUUUUUUUUUGUGGCUUUUUCUAAAUAAUAAUUUAUAGUUAUUUUCGAUAUAUUUUUUCGGAAUAGAAAGAAAAUAAAAAAAAAAGAUACAAAAUAAUUACGAAAUCCGCUCUUUUUUCGUUCGCUCUCUCUCGGUGUGAAUUUUUUUCCCGGUGUGCUUUUAAUUUGUCGGAAAAAUCCGGUCUACUUUCAGUUCGGUCCAACACGUUAUCGAGUUCAAAAAAAAAAAAAAAUUCACGAAAAAUUCGAACGAACGAGAAAAAAAAUUUCAAAAUUAUUUAUUUUUUUUUUUAAAUUGCCGACGGUUUUGUAUAGAAAAAUAAAAUUAAUUAAAAAUGCCAAAUUAUCGUAAUAAAAAAAAGAAUAAUAAUAAUAAUCGUAAUAAAAACAAAAAUCUAAAUAAAGGUACGUCGUCGUCAUCGGUAAAACAAGAAAUUCGUAUUGUCGAAUCAAAAACUACAACAACAACAACAUCGUCUUCAUCAGGCAAUGAGCCAAAUUUACCGGCUAAUGUUGUUGUUAAAAACUCAUACACCUCCGCAAAAAAUAGUACGGUUUUCGAAAAUGAAGAAAAAAAUGUCAAUGUUGAUGAAGCAGCAACAACAACUACAAAACCAUCUAUUCUCUCAUCAUCAGCGUUAAGCAAUGAGGAAAUCGACGAAAAUGCAAGCAAUGUUGACAUAGAUACAUUUAGUGGUAGUGAAGAUACAGCACACAAACAAUCUAAUUAUUCGUCUAAAUUUUAUACAUCUUCAUCUCAAUCUUCUUCUUCUUCUUGUUCUCAUUUUAAAAAAUCUACAGAAAUCGAAGAUCAUCAGCGACAAUUGAAUAGAGCUGUUUUCAAUAUUGAAGACAGUACGCUUGUGGAUUCAGUGAUAAGAGAAACAUUUGUCAAAGACUCUAAUUCGGUUAAAAAUAGCUUAAAAACGGGGUCAGCAAAUACAAAAGAUGCAUCAGCAGAAUCGACUGCUGAUGAUAUACCGCCGGCAACAACAGAAAAGUCUAUAGAAAAAACGAGAAUUAAUGAAUCGUUUUCGGAAAAUGUGCGAAAUAUAUCGAAAGAAAGGUCAAAAAGUACAGAAAGUGCAACGGAAGUGAUUGAAUCUAACAAUCAAUCAAGAAGACGACAAUUUUCUUCAUCGUCAAAUGAAGAUUCAUCAAAAGUGAUUGUGCAAAAAGUUGUUGUUAAAAAUGCUACAACAAUUCCGUCAUCAUCAGAAAAAGUGAUCGUUCAUCAAAUAUCAAAGGAAGAUCAAUCAAUAAAUGAGCCAAAAGUAAUCGUACAUCAUGAAGAAUCUUCUUCUUCAUCAACUAGUCAUAGAGCAUCUAAAAAUAAUGGAGUUGAUUUGUCAAAAAAGGUAAUUUUUGAAAAAGUUUCUAAGAAAAAAGCUAAACGAUCAAAUACUUCUUCUUUACUGCAGACUUCAACCAAAGCAUGCGAAAGCUCUACAACUCAAACUUUAUCAUUUUCGAAUGUACGAGGGCAACCUUCAUCGAGGCAGAUAAUAUAUGAACCUAGAAAAGUGAUUUUUGAUAGUUUUCCAAUUCAUCAAGGUGGUGCAGCACCUUCAAGAGGAAUUAUUCAUCAAAUUUCUAAAGAAGAUGAUAAAUCAAAAGUGAUCGUUCAUCAAAUAUCGAGAGAAGAUCAACAAAGAACGGCUUCUUCAUCGAGUGAAACAGUUAUUACACAACAUACUGCACCACAAACUACAGAUUAUCGAUUAGUUGUUCAUCAAAUUUCACCAUCUUCACCAAGAUCACCUGAAAUUGAUCAGUUUGGAAAAGUUAUUGAUCAUUCGAUUUUUAAAGAAAGUUUUGCAGCAAAUACUUCGAAAAGAGUUGAUCAUUCAAAAAUAAGUAAACCAUCUUCACCAAGAUCACCAGAAACUAUUGAUCAUUCUGGUAAAGUGAUUGAUCAUUCGAUCUUCAAAGAAAGUUUUGCAGAAAAUAUAUCGAAAAGAGUAAAUAUUGAUCAACAAGAUCGUUUUACACAAAAUGUUUCGAAAAAAGAUGCUGGCAGUCAAGUAGAUCAGCAGUCUUCAGAACAACCCAAAAAGGUAGUUUUAAUACCGAUCGUACAAGAAAAUUCAACACAAACAUCACCAUUACCAUCGUUUACUGAUAACCCACUUCAUUCAGGGCUUUUCAAACUGAUCAAAGAUGAAAAUAGUGAAUCUUCAAAGAAGUCUGAGAUUUCUCAGCAAACUUCUUCAUCACCUUUGUCAAGAUCACCAGUGAUUUGUUUUGAAAAUCUUUCAAAAUCAUUUGAAUUGAAUAAGGAGAAUUCUGAAGAUAAAUCGAAGAUCUUCCAGGAAGGAUCUUUACAAACUAGUCCUACAGUCUUGCAACCAAACAGAAAAUCUCCUCAAAGAAAUACCGAUCACCUUGAACCGCUGAGAAUACCAGCUUUCCCAAUAAAUCGUGUUAACAAGGUUAUCAUACAUCCAAUUAUAAAUGAAGCAUCAGGUAAACCAGUAUUUCCAUAUUCUGAAAAAUCUAUGGAAACUAUUGAUAAUUCAUCGAAGAAAAUUGCUAAACAAAUUUUAAAAGAAGUUUCUUCAGAAUUGAAAUCGUCUUACUUAGCCGAAUUGACUAAACAUAAAAUUGAAGAAAUCCAUUGUGAACCUGUUAGAACUUCUUUUCCGGUUAGUGUGAAGAAUCAAGCUUCGUUUAGACCUGGUUUCUUUGAAACGAAUAUUCAUCAGAAGGAAAUCAAUCCCUUAGAAGCAGAAGUCAAAGUGAUUGUCCAUAAAAUUUCAAAAGAAGAUCAGAAGUCUGAAAAAUCUGAAGAUCUUCAUUCGAAAGAAUCAAAUAACCUAAAAGAAAAAGUGAUUAAUCAUCAAAUUUCAAACGAAGAUCAGAAAUCUACUGAAACUAAACCAAAAUCUGAUGAUCUUCACUCCAAAAAAGCAAAUAACAUCGAGAAAAAAGUGAUCGUUCAUCAAAUUUCUCAAGAAGAAUCAUCAUUUUUGAAGAAUCUACAUAUUGAAGAAACAAAAUCAAAGAUCAGUAAUCAACCAAUAUCACCAGUAAAAUCACCAGAAUCCAAGGUAAUUGAUGAUCAAAUUUCUCAAGAAGAAGCAAAGAAAACAAAAGAUCAUCCAAAAGUGAUUGUUCACCAGAUUUCAAGAUCUCCCUCAUUUCCCUUGGUCAAUGAAACCAAUGGAGAGUCUAUUCCCAAAGUUUCAGUGCCUUCCAAAGAUUCGUUUCCUUUAUCUUCGUUGAAGAUCGAUCAUCCAGAACAAUAUAAUUCUAAAUCAACAAUUCUUGAACAGAAAACUAUUAAUUUCAAAAAAUUACGUGAAGAAUCUAAACUUACCCAAUCAUCAGCAUCACCAUUUGCAAUGUCAAAAAUGGAAGAUAAAAAGAUUCAACCAAAUCCCAAAGCAAAAAUAAUAAACCAUCCGAUCUUGCAGGAGCCUCCAACAACUUCUUAUACAUCAUUUCCUGUAUUGGGUGAGAAACAAAAGCAAUCUUCAUUUACAAGCCAACCGAUCUUCACUUCAAAGAAGUCUCCAACUUCUUCAUCGUUUCCCAUUUCAGUGGAAAAAGAAACUCAUCAAACUCAAUAUACUUCAAGACCUGAAGAUUCACAACAAAAAACUAUUGAUCUUCAAUCUUUGAGAGAUUCUGCAGAGUUCCGGCAAUCAAGUUCAACAAUGACAUCGACUUUUGGUCUAACUGAAAUGGAAAAGAAGCAAAAAAUUAUUCAUCAAAUUGUAAAAGAAGAACCGUCAAGUGAUCUUCAAAAACAGUCUCCAGCUUCUCCAGCCGAAAAGAAGAAAGAAAUCAUUCAUCCAAUUCAGAAAGAAGAACCAUCGAAUGAUCUUCAGAAACCUACCAAUAAAGGACCAACUUUCUCUGAAUCUUCAGUUGUUACAUCAAAAACUGAAGAUAAAACUGUUCAUCAUAAAAGUUUACAAGAAUCUUCAAACUUCUCUCAAACCAGUUCAACAAAAAAAUUAUCAUCUACCGAAACGAAAAUAAGUGAAGAUCAACCAAAAGAAAUCAUUCAACCAAUUUCGAACGAAAAAUCUGCAAAUGAUCUUCAAAAUCUUCAAAAGGCAGAAAGUAAACAUGUACCAAAAGAAGUCAUUCAUCAAAUUGUUAAAGAAGAUUCUGAUUUGGAUCUUCCAUUACCACCACCGCCACCAGAAGUCCUAAAUCAACAGAUUGAAGACACUGUCCCAAAAGUCCACAAAAUUGUUAAAGAAGAUUCUUUCAGUGAUCUUCCACUCCCACCACCUCCAGAAACCCUCGAUCAUCAAAUAUCACAAGAUGAAUCGAUAUCUUCAUCAGAAGGAAGUGUUCUAACAGCAAUUCUUAAUGAAUCUCCACGAUCAAUAUCACCUACAAUACCAGCACAACCAGCUGAAGAACCAAAACCCAAAGAAUCUUCAAAAGAAAAAUCUCCCAAACGAUCAUUUUUCCUAGCUCCCUUAGAACUUACAAAUAAAGCCCAACCGGCUACAGAAAUGAAGCAAGAUCUUCAAAUGAUUUCCCCCGAUUUCGUCAAAGUUAUCAAUCAUCCUAUUAUUCGUCAAAUUGAAAAACCUCUUGGCUACCGGGUAGAAUCACCUCAGCCAGAAAAACUACCAAUGAUCGUGAAGAAGAGUAAAAGUUUUGAUGAUGAUGAUGUUGUGAUUCAAGAAAUGAGUGAUACCAGUUCGGCAGGUGAUACUGACAAUCCUCCUGUGAUUUCUGAAGCAGAAUCUGAAACAGAUACCUUGGAAGCAUGUGAUGAUUUCUCAGAAUCUCCAUCAUGCUCUUCACUUGUAAGUGUUCAAACUCUUCCAAUGGAUCAAGAGAGUGAGUCAAAAUCUUCACAAGACUAUAAAUCUCGUCGACAACAAAACCGUGCAGCUCUGGAAACCCACUUCCUUCCUCAAUUUCUAGCUCCAAAUUUCCUCGACUCGAUCAAAGAAGAAAACAGUGAUAUGAGUGAUUCAGAUCGAAGAUCUUCAUGUUCUGAUCGUAUCGAUCCUCCACCACAUCAUGCUGAUCUUGACGAUGACGUAUUUCUCGAUCCUCCAAAAAAAGCCAAUGCGGUCUAUCCCAAAAGCAAUCUAGAUUUCUCAAAAAAACAUAAACAUGUCCUCAACGUCCGUUCUCCAAAAACCAGCGUCAUUCGUGAAGAAGCAUCCCCACCUUCCGUAGUCGAAGCGAAGAUCAUCGAUCAAGGUUCAAUUGAAGAAAGUUGUUCCUCAUGGUCAACCGAUCUUACACCCGAAUCUGAAGCAGCUGAAGUAGUGUAUAUUGAUUCAGCUUCCAGCAGUGUUUCUGAUUUACUCGAACUCGAUUAUUCUCAAGGCCAAACAGACGAUGUUCGAAUACAAACACCAACUAUUGAUCUUGAGAGUGUUAAUGAAAUGUUUGCAACCUGUCAAAGCAAUGAUCGCAAAAUAUUAAAUCCUCCUUCUGAAAAACCACCUCCACCGCCACCUGUUAACGAUGGGAAUGAGCUGAGAAAUAAUAUAAACGAACAGAAUUUAUUACCAGCAAAUAAUAAAAACAAUCUGCCAGAUACAAUAAAAUCAAAUGAGGAGAAGAUCGGGCGCAAAAAUCAACUCGAUGAAAUAAUUUUUGAAAAAAUAGAAACUAUGUCAGAAACACAAGAUACUCAAAAAAAUUCGAAUGAUCUCUCUUCGAGCAGUGAAAAAAAUUCCAUUGAGAACAAUUUAAAUAGUUGUGACAGCGCGAUCGACCAGAUCGUUACGAGCAAUACAUCGGCUCCAUUCGUAUCCUCCGCCGCCGCCGGUUUGAUUGAAAAUAUGGAAAGUCUACGCGAAAUUGUUAACGCGUCUACUACGUCAUCUACGUCAAACAAAAGUGAGUUAAACUCGAUCACUGAUCUUGAUGAUUUUUCAAAACCAAUUUUCAUGAUCGGUCAACCAUGUUCAGAUCAUACAUUUAAAUGUGACACAUCGUCGUCUUCAUCGUGUACGUCUUCCUCUACCACCACCACAAACACAAUAACAACAACAACAAAAAUCCUAACUUUGCAUGAUCUAAGUCAAAAUUUUGACUCUACUAAAAAUCCUCUUGUUAGUCCUAAUUCUACUACUUCAGCCCUUGAUCGUCAAGAAUCCCUCGAUAGUCAUAAUUCUGAUCAAUCGCACAGUACUAAUCAGAGUCAAUGUACAGCGAUCAAUCAAGGAUCAUUACCACCACAAUGUGAUUGGAAUGAAUUUGAUGCAUCAACGGAUACUACUUAUGUUUCAGAAUCUGAUACGGCAGCUGGACUAGCUUCAUCUGAAGCAUCAUCACCGUUAACUUUGAAAGGAGCCGGACACUCAUCAGCUGACGAAACGGAUUCUCAAACGAUUCGUAAACUUCGAUCACUUUGCACGGAAGCGUUAGCUUCUAUGCCAUAUGGUGAAGAAGUUCUUCAAGAAUUGGCUACAGUUUCGAAAAAUAUUCAAGAAACGCCUUAUCCUUUACCGGAUUUGCCACAAAUUCAGGAUAUUCAACUUUCCUUGGGAUCAAAACCAGAGAAAUCCUCCGUUAUCACACUUUCCCAGGUUCCUCCGUCAAAAUCGGUACCACCUUUGGGUCAAAAAUUCAAAUCCCCACCACCACCGCCAGUUCCUGAGCCACCAUCAAAAUAUGACUCCUGGCUGGGAGUCCCUACCGAAAGCGAUCCAAAUGUCCUUGUUUGUCUUUCCCCAUCGCAAAGAAAUGCCGUUAAAAGCGACUCGACAGCUGACAGUCUUCUGGACAUGCACAAAAAAUUCGUCGAACGUCGUGGCUAUCACGAAUACACUACCAAACAGGUAAAUGCUAUAAAUCAAGCUAACAACACCUCUGAGGCAGUGAAAUUGAGUAAAAUUGAUUCUCCACCACCACCACCAUUACCGCCACGACCACAAACAGAAUUAUUAGUAAAAAAUCCCAACGGAAAUACUGACAUAAAUGUUGAUAAUGAUGAUGAUGAAGAUGCCGAGAAUAACCAUCGAUUGUUGGCAAUUAUCCGAGACACUCAUGAAAAACAACAACAAAAACAAACAUCCAUGACAUCGACGAGUGAAAAUAUUUCAAGGAGAACCGCCGACACCAACGAGAGCGGAAUUCAUCAUACAACCACAACCCCCAAAGACGGAGAAAAAACAUCUUCGUCAGGUCUUGACAAAGAAUUUUCGAAAACACCUUCGUCAGUUAACAAACUAACUCAGGAAAGCACGUUUAUCGGUGAAAGUAAUAAAUCUCGUAGUGAAAUGCAUUAUCAAAGUGAAUCGGAACAUUCGACAUCGAAAAAAUUCGAUAAUGACAGUGAAACAGUUAUGGGAAUGAAAUUUCCAACAAGUGAUUAUUUCGAUAGUAUUUUUGCUGAUAAAAAUAAACGUUUUUCGAAUAUCGAAACAACGCCGGAGUUUUGCUCUCAAAUUUUGACAACUCAACCGAAACGAUAUUCGAAUAUCGAAACGACAUCUUUCGAAUCGAAAAAAUGUGUUGAAAACGGCAAAGUUUUGUACGAUGUUAGUGAUUCGAAACGGGAAAAAAUCAGUGAAGGUGAUCAACCGUCGGUAGUUUUUCCGGAAUUUUUGACAAAACCCAAUACAAACGAUGGUGGGGGUUUUCCCUUUUCGGCGACACCCAAUCGGUACGCCACUGGUAAUGGUGGCGAUUCAAGACCACAGACCGGUGGCGACAGUGAAAAUAUUAUGUCAGCAUUUAAAUUAAAUACUACACAACAGCAGAAUCAACAAACGACAGCAGCGCCACCACCAUCAACAACAAAUCGUACAGAAUCAUCACCCCCAGCACCGCCAGUGCCACCGUUACCACCAACUUUUACUGCAAUUAAUUCGUCGUCAACAACAACAACAAAAAAAUCCACUUCAACAUCAGAGAGUAGUCAUAUAAAUAGAUCAUCGUUCAAUGCUAAAACGAGCGGUGAAAAAACUUUCGAUAAUUUUGGGCAACAUGCCAAAGAGGCAGCAUCCACUAGCAACAAUGAGUCGUCGUCGUCGUCGUCAACUAAAAAACCAUCUGAAAAUUUUCAACAUGAAAAACUUUUCAAAGAAUUCGAUGAGCUCUCGAAUUUACUUAAUAAUGAAUUGGAAUCGGGUAAACGAAGGCCUCCGGCGACCUUGAAUGGCAAUGACAUCCCAACGAAUGUGAUUGAUUAUAAUCGUGUGGCAAAAGAGUCGAAAAUACAAAAUAACCAUGUGUCAUCGACCACUACGAGUGAAACAAAUCAUCGUCGUGAGCAAAUGAAGAAACUUGCUGAAGAAAUCGAUCGAACUUCGAAACAUAAGUUGCAACAACGUCGGGAAAUGAGAAUUCCUAUAAUGAUUGAGAAAUCGGCAGAAACGGGUCCGAAAUCGGCACCGAUUCUUUCCCAACAGCCGCGGUCUUAUGAAAUACCUGUUCAAAUUGAAAAUGGACGGCGUCCAAGUCUUCAGCAAGAAAGAAGCUUUGAACGACAAAGAACCUACUCUGAGCAUCAAUCUGGUCAUACAACUCAUGAAAUCCCCAUUCAAGUUGAGAAGCCUACUCCGGAACGUUUCCGACGGGCUGAAAGUAUGUUCAAUAUCUCCGAUUCUACCACAAGUCGUCAGCAUCUUCAUCAUGAUGAUUGGAUGAAAUAUGUUGGUGACCUAGGCUCUUCCGAAAAUAUAUGUAAGCCCUUCCAGCGGGAAGUCGAAAUAUGUUAUCUCGGAAGACGUCCGAAUAUUCGGGCACCCCGAAUGUCAGCUUCGACAAAUGAUCUGUCAAAUAUCCAAACCUUUGACACUCAUGGAGCUUAUGAUGUUCGUCGAACAGCACAGACUCCAAGACCUCAGCAGGCUCCCCGAAGACAAUAUCUUAGCACUCAGUCGCUGAUUGACACAACUCCGAUAACUCCAUGUGUCAGUACUGCUCGACGAUCACCAGCUCCAGAGAGACGUUCCUCUCUUCCCCGGGAGAUCCAUGACAAGCAAUUGCAAUAUAUCACUAGCAAAGAGCAACAGCUGAAAUAUGAGUUUGAGAGGCUUGAAAAUGAACGUCGUCAUUUGAUCGAUGAAAUGAAUCGUGUCCAGAUGAAUCAAAGAAUCAGCCGGGAAGCUUACCGCCAGAGGCAACUUCCUCCUCUAACUGAAGAUGAAAGUUUCCGCCAACAGAUGGCAGAAGAGUGGUUAAAUAAAGUUGCCGAACGUGAAGAACGCCGUCUUCAAAAGAUCAUUAAAAUCUCAAAAGUCAAUCAAGAAGCUGGAGUACCCGUUGCACCUCCUCGCAGACAUUCUGCCGCUGAUGAUAUUGGUGAUGAAUUUCUUCGUCGAGUUAAAGAACGUCGUUCAAAACUGUGCAUGCCUUCAGAUAGUGAUUGGGAAAGUGGUGCUGAAUCCCAUCCAAUGCCUCGAACUGAUGGUAGUCGAAGUGAAACCGAUGAGCCGCCAGUAACCGUCUUCGAAGGUCAUUCAGCAGCAAAUAUUAAACAACUUCCGAAGCAUUUACGUGAAUUUGCCAAAUUGACAAGUCAAAUGAAAGAAGAACAUCGUGAAGAAAUGACAGAAAAUACUAGUACUAGUGCUUCGAAGAUGACAUCAUUGAAGACAUCUGUCAAAACAUCAUCUAGCAACAAUCAACAACAACGUCACAGUAUGCAUGAGUCUUCACAGUCAAUGUUACAAGAUGUUUUUUCUGUUAAAAACGAGUAUAUGAGUGAACCGGAAACGGAAUACGAAAAACCAAAGAAAAUGGCCCAAUUAAGUCGACGACAGUAUGAUGGUAUUGGACCAACAACAAAACAUGGAAUGCCAGUUGUUCUUAGAUCGGAAGUCAAGGAGCCAAAUCAACAUGAAUGGUAUAAAAGGAUAUUCCAAACGAUACACAAACAAAAGAAUCCUGAUGAUUACGUGACAAUACGCUACAAAUGUCCCAGAGGGCGAUAUCCUUACAAGGCUAACGGAUAUAUGUCAGAACCAGAACCAAAUUACGAUUCGGACUAUUCAACAGUAAAAUAUCGAACUUUGGAACGAAGACGUUUACAAUCAACGGGUACAGGUACAGAAUCAAGAACAUCAGCAGGUCCACCUACAACAGGAAACGAAAGUCACGACGAAACAUUUUAUGGUACUAUGCCAAAUCCUGUUAAAUCAGGCCAAGGAUCCUAUAAAGUUCAACCUGGCAGAAUUGAGAAUUACAUUACCGGUCAUUCAUCCGUAUCCGAAAAGGAAAAGAAAGAGUGGUGGGACGAAGUGAUGGACAUCUUUAACGGGCAAUUGGACCAACAGAAACUUUCUCCACACUACACCGAGGGAAAUUUAUCGAGAGCAUUGCUGAAGGAACAGGGUUACACGAGUGAUUCGAAUUUAGUAUUCCGGAAAAAGGAUGUCCCCAUUUUGCAGUCCCCAUUGAGUCCAGUCGAACAGAAACAAGUCUACAAGAGUGUCCAAGCAGGAGGCCAGCCACCACUUUUGGGUUUCAGGAAACCAGCCCCAGAAAAACCAAAAGAAACCGAAUUCGAAUAUCUACCAAUAACUCCCACACUGACCAAGAUUCGAGUACAUAGCAAAGAAUUAGUUAUGUCUAAGAAUCGCCAAGCAUCAGCCGAACGGAGAGAACUCCUUUGUUAUCCCAUUUCGAACAUAGCACGUCCCAUCGAUGUGUUUGCUCCAUUUCCGAAAAAUGUGCCAUCAUUCAUUCCAUUGCAUCAGCCACCAAUGCCACCAAAUCGUAAAUCAUCUCGCGUUCGUACAAAUAGUAUGGCUUUAAAAAUAUCAUCAUCACAAGUGCGGCGACCAACUUCGGCGAAUUCAAGUCGUCAUGAAGCAUGUUUUCAAACUAAAGAUGCCAUUUCACCACCUCCACCACCAAAGCCGAUUCAUAAUAAAUAUGGAACAAUAACUUUGAGGAAGACCGUUAAACGUACUGAACCUUUGAUGAGGUCAAAAUCAGCAGGAGCCGUUGUGAGUAUACUCACAGCUGCUAAAGAAGAAAAGUCUCGAGAUGGAAGAGUCUCAAGGAAACAACAAUCGGUUCGUUUGAGCUCCUGCAGUCCCGUGAGAAGUGCCUCAAAAUUAUCAACUUUCCGAGCAACAAGUCGAAGUCCGGUUGCAUUUGGACGAAGUGUUUCCAAAGAACGAUCGUUCGCCGAAGAAAAGAAGCGAAUUGAAGAAUCAUUGCCAUCAUAUCGAGCUGAUUUCACUGCAAGUACGAAUAUUCUUCGAGAUCCUCGACUAAAGUCUCCUGAUCAAGUCAAAAGAGCUGUGCGAUCAUACGCCUUCCCGAUUGAAAGGAGCAAAUCAGCUCCAAGAGUACUGCCACCAAUCAAACCAGCUAUGUCUUCAUAUGUCUCAACUUACGUAGUUCGCCGCAUUCCAAGUCCUCCGAGAAAAGAUUCCCCCAAACGGGGUCAAUCUUCAACUCCAACAAGAUCAUUAACCAAGUCACCAGCGGCUAUUCGAUCAAAGUCUCAGUCCAGUAAGUUGUCAGAAAAAACAAGCUCAAAAUCUUUGGCGAAGACAAGCUCAACUUUAAGCUUAGCUAGAACAAGCUCAACUUUCUCAGUAGAUUCCAUAGCUCCUAAAUCAAAGCCAGUACAAAAGAAGCCACUUUCACUUAGUAGGCCUUCAUCAAAAACCGAACUUGACAAACCUAAGAGAAAGCCAGUAACAAUAACCUCAAGCAAAAGUGACAGUAAUGUCUUGAAAAAAAUCCGGGAAAGCCCCGAAAUCAAAAAGAAGAUCAUUAAAGCCAUUCCAAUGCAACAAAAGCUUGUCCGAACCAAUCAAUUCUUCCAGAAUCUUUUUAUGCGGGAAACCUCACCGAAACAUGAGCCAGUCCGCCCAACUUCAGUACACGAUAAAAUGCGUUACUGGAAUACCAUGUCACUUCCUCCAAAACGGACCGUUUGUGACUCAAGAACUAUUGCCUAUCGCAGCUUAAGUCCUCCGGUAAGACCAAACUUUGUUGAAGAAUACGAAGCUGUUGAACAUUUUCAUAGCGACGAUGAAGAUUCUGAAUUUGGAGGCCAUUGUGGUCGAACUGAAGAUCUAGUUUGGCAAUAUGAACAAAGAAGUCGUAGUGAACCUAGGCCAGUAAAAACUAUCAAGCCUGUUUGUGACAUUGCUAGACCGGAAUCACCAGCUCAUACAUCUUCAAUGAGGGAAUUCUCCCCAACUCGUGAAAUCCGCGUUCCUCAAACAAGGGAAAUGCGUUCCCCGUCAAGACGUCGGAUACAGAAUUUUCGUGACAGUCAACGUGGAGAAACUGGUAAAGUCAUUCGAGCUAGUAGCCUAAGCAGUGCUGAUGACCGUUCAAAGAAGAGCCUUUAUAACUGCGAUGAAUUCGCUCACAGUGCUAACUCUCUUGAGUAUAUCGAACGCCAUAGUCCCAGCUGCCGUUUGAGUAAUUCCGAUCGAUUUAUAGACCUAAACCGGUUUUACAGCACCCUUGAAAGAGUCGGUCAGUUAGAACGGGCCACUUCAGCGAGUAGCCUUAAACCUAUAAGAAGAGAAGGAGAACCGCUGGAUUUUGAAGAAUGGCGGAAAAUUCGGUCACAUGAACGUGCCGAACGAGAAUUGAGCUAUUUGGUGGGAAAGCUUAAAGAAGAUCAAAAACAGAAAGAUUUUCUUUUUCGUCCGAAAGAUGUUGAAGAUGUUAAAUGGGUUGGAAAUAGAGAUCUAUCAUUGAAAUCGAAGGAAAAAUCCGUUGAAGAUUUGAGAGAGAAUUUCGAAAAGAAAAUCCAUCAAGAGUGGUUAGAUGAGAAUAAAAGGUUAGAGCUUGAGUCGAAGAAAGAUACCUACAAGCCUUAUUGGAGGGGAAGUUCUGUUGUUGAUUUAGCUUCAAACAUGGAGAUCAAAUACAAUUCUGAAAAAGGAUCAUAUGGAAUUCAGAAAACCAAACCAGAAUCUUCACCAGAAAAACCGCUUUGUUUGAGUAAUCGCCUAAUAAGCACUUUGUCAAAAGAUCAAGUCAGUAAGAUCACAAAACAGCUGAAUGAAAUCUAUAACGCCUCUGAGCCGAAGACAAAGCCUGAUAUUACCGAAGAGUACGUUAUUACAGUUGAUAAACCAAUGUCUUCGAAUGCCUUGAAAGUUCGUUGCAACUCAUCAAUAUCAAAAGAAGAACUAAUCGGACCGGUCUUACGUCGUAAAGAAGCUUCGGAAAAGCCUGCACAAAGUAAGAAAAUUGAGCUCAAAUCUGAUUUUUCCGAAGCCGAUAAGAAAAGGCUAUCACAGAACUUCAGUCGGGAAAUUCAGGGAAAAGCUCGUUCAAGUUCACCAAUAAUAGUUGGUCGAGAGACCAGAGGUGCCAUAGCAGCUGAAAAUGCCAAAUUAACUCCUCAUGAAAUUCCACCUCCCCCACCAUUACCAACACACUUAAAUGAGCCGAAGAAACCAGCUCCUCCGAAACCAAAGAGAAAACCUACUGAAGAUCAAAAAAUGAAGAUUGACAAGCCAUCACAGGAACAAACUCCUGAAUCAGAACCAACUUCUCUAGAAACUACGAUUGAUAAGCCUGAUGAGACCGUUUCAAAGAAGAUCCAAUACUUUGAAGAGCGUAGGUUUGAAGAAUCACCAAAGACGAUCUAUCACGCCCGUGAAGACUCUUCACCGGAUGAAGAUGAAGUCAUGCGAGUGAUUGAAGCAAAUAUCAAAGCUCGAGCUCAAUCUGGGAAGUUCUAUCAUCAAGAAAUGAGUUCAUCAGUGACCGAUUUGAAAGACCUCUUUGGUGAAAAAGAGUCUUCACGAAUAAAUUUUCCUAUACCGCGUCUUCCACCUCCCCCAGACGAGACAAUCUAUCAUGAGACCAAACAGGAACAAGAUCGGAGUACUUCUUUGACCCUUCGAGCAACUCGCGAAGGAAGUAACGAAGAGUUAGAAACUCUAUUUCGUUCUCGAAGUGUCUCACCGCAAUCCAAAGAAACAUCUUAUCUUCAUCGUGUAAACACUGGAGAAGUUCGAAAGAUCAAAGAUAAAUUUGAAAGCCUUGGCCGUCCAAAAAAGAAGAAGCAUUUUUUUGCGUUGAGCCCGCUGCGGAAGGUGCGCAGCGAUCCGGAACUCAGUAAUGACGGAUCAAAAGACACCUUGAAGACGAUUGUCCGGGAACACGAACUUGGUGAUGUUUCAUGGAUAGCACAUAAAUUUGAAGUGCGACAAUCGUCUGGUCGUGGUCGGAGUCGGGUGAGAAAACCUGGUUCACCUAUUCAAAGGAUGCCAAUCCGCAAAGAGGACCGUUUAAUGCCUCAUAUUGAUAUCAUUAGUAAAACAGCUUCAUUGAAACAGGAAAUGAUCAAGUCGCGGAGUCCGAGUCCAGCUCGCCCUCAUGUUUCAAUUCAUGAUGGUGGAGUUAAACAUAUUCGAUCGAAAUUCGAGACUUCUCCAGAUAGAACUUCACCAGUUGGUCAACCCCGUUUAGGUACUUCAUCGCCAGAACUUAGAGAUAUUUCACCUCAUCUCACUGCCAGUUGGAUAGCUCAUAAAUUCCCUAGACCCUUGGAUAAUGAUCUACGUUCUCCUCCACCUCCCCCAACAUCAUUGAAACCUGAAAAAUUAGCCAAAUCUGAUUCACUGCCAAUUAAAGAAGCUAAACGCCAUGAACGAUGUUAUCGUUAUCGAUCUCGUUCGAUAUCACCACCAAAAUCGAAACAAAAACAUCAAGUUGUAUCGAUAUUGAAACCAAGAUUUGAUUUUUUUGCAAAUCAAAAAUUUGAUCCACUGAUUCAUCGGCCAAAAGCAACAUACGUUCCUGAUACAGGUGAUGAUCAUAAUUUGAAGAAGUCCCAAUCUCAAAUAGGAGGCAAGAAGAUGACAGCUGUCAAAUUUAAAGAAUCUCCGAAUCGUUAUUUCGAAAGUGACGUCAACAUUCACUACAAAACACCAAUACGCUAUGAAUACAAAGAUCCAAUACCCGAAGAAGAAUUAGCCAUACGUCAAGCGGAAACAAUGCAAAAAUUAUACCAAGAAGAACGACGACGAAAAUAUCUACAGGAAUUACAAGACAUGAAUUCAAGACGUCACACUGAUAAUUUUACACCUUCACAAAAAUCACCGAUACCAUUGAACCGUUAUGAUGAUUUUAAUUCCGAUUUGGCGCCAAAAUCACCAAACACUUCUUCCAACUAUCCAAGAACCGUUGCACGGGCAUUGUAUAAUUUCCAAGGGCAAACAGCAAGGGAGCUAACAUUCAAAAAGGGUGAUGUGAUUUACAUAAGACGCCAAAUAGACAAAAACUGGUAUGAGGGUGAACACAAUGCAAUGAUCGGACUCUUACCAUCAAAUUAUGUCGAGCUUUUAACCAAAGAUGGAAUCCGCCAACCACCAAAGAAACCCUCCGAGGGACAAGCACGUGCUAAAUAUAACUUCCAGGCCCAAUCGGGCAUUGAACUAUCACUAAACAAAGGCGAACAUGUAACCCUUACCCGACGAGUCGAUGAAAAUUGGUACGAAGGAAAAAUUGCCAAUCGCAAAGGCAUCUUCCCAGUUUCAUAUGUUGAGGUCCUUGUCGACAUCGGUGCUGAAGAUAAAACAGGAGGCCGAUUACCAGCAGCAACACAAUCCAUAAUUACACAGUCAUCAUCAUCGAUGCGACCAUCGUUGGACACCCUUCGCACAAACAUAAAUAAUGAAUUUAAUAGCCUCACUUCCAAUGGUCAACAGCCCCCGAAUGGCAUCCUCAGGGAAACAAGGACUCUCCAUAAAACCGAAGUACUUCACGUUGAUACAAAUACGGAGCCAGUUGCUUACCGUGCUCUAUACAAAUACCGACCGCAAAAUACUGACGAACUAGAACUCCAAGAGGGAGAUGUUGUUUUCGUGCUGGAAAAAUGCGAUGAUGGUUGGUUUGUGGGGACAUCACAACGUAGUGGAUGUUUUGGUACCUUCCCAGGCAAUUACGUCGAACGAGUGUAAACCACGCCAAAAAAAAAUUUAAAAAAAUAGAAAAAAAAUAUAUAAUUUGAAAAAGAUAUUAUAAAAAAGAAAUGUAUAACCGAAGAAGAUCCUUAGAACUACAUAAAUAAUAUUAUUUACUUAAAAGAGAAGUUUUUUUUUUUGUUAACCGAUAUUAAUUAUAUAAUUUAU